CAUCUAACUUUCCAAACUUCGCACUCCAGGUACUUUCUGCGACAAGAAAGAAGACUGUAAAGCGCCUGAUCAUUGCUGCGUGCGAGAACCUGCCAUCAACCCGGCCGUAUCAAUGUGCAAACCUCAGUUAGACGAAAAUCAUGUGUGUGGUCCAGUUAACCAAUAUAGAACAGUGUAUAUCGGUGCGCAUGUGCAGACUGCCUGUGGUCCAUGUAAGGAAAGCAAGAAACUCGAAUGCAGACAAGUAGGGUAAGACAAAAUAUUUCAUUUUUAAUAGGCAAUUCCCAUUAUAGACUAAUUUUAAAAUUAGGUAAGGAAACUCAAAUAAAUCACCACAGCUAGAAAGAGCAUACUAAAAUUAGUAAAAUUAUUGUUGUAAAAUGUUGUAAAAUGAGGAAAAUAUAGCCUUGCAAAGUUCGCAAAUAUUGUAUACUUUUGUAUUGCUUGCGGAAAUUCCUACCACAUUCCUACCACAUUUAGGCCGAAAAUGUCACACGCAAUACAAAAGUAUACAAAAUUUGCAAACUUUGCAAGGCUAUAUUUUCCACAUUUUACAACAUUUCGCAACCAAAUUUUGUAAUUUUACUAAUUUUAGUAUGCUCUUUCUAGCUGUGGUGAUUUAUUUGCAUCUCCUUGCCUAGUUUUAAAAUUAGUCUAUAAUGGGAAUUGUCUAUUAAAGAACCACCAUCUGCAACACUAAUGCAACUGUGCUCAGUUAAGCCACAGAUUAAGAAUAUGGAUUAGCUUAACCCUAGGUUAACCUAAAAUUCAAAGCAAACUACCUGACAGCCUGUCUGUAAAUUUGGAAAUAUUUCUUGAGAGAUCUUGUCUGGAUCGAUAGGAGUUUUCUUCUUUGAAAUUUUAAAAUAAACAGACGUGCAGAAAUACAUAAACUAAAACACCAGGUUAAAUUUUAACCCAGGGUUAGUGCUAACCCAUCUUUGAACAACCAGCCUGGUACAUACAUCGGAAGAAGAAAAUCGCACCUAAAAUCGCAGCAAAAAUUACAAGUAUAAACGAGCAUUAAAUGCGAAUAUCAUAUAUUCUUCUCUCAUUCAUUACAGGAUCUUUGGAAACUACCAUGUGUGUUUGAAACCACCAGCCAAGUAAACGCCAAGGAAUGCUUAAGAACAUCAAUCAAUACUUGUGAAGAACCGACCAGGAAUUCCCAAAAUAAUUCUGCUGUGUUUCGGUGUAUUUCAAAAGGAAAAGGAUUUUAUUUUAAAACUGUGGAACAUGCAAACAAGCUUAUAUAAAGCUUGUACAUAUGCCUGUUGUAAAUAAAUAGAUUAUUUUUUUCUAGAAUAGGCAAACAUACUGUAUGUGGUCAUCCUUUCGAUGUAGAAGUAACUGUAUCCUGUAUAUAGAAAGUAUACAACAAGAACAUUGAAUAUAAACUAUUUGGAUUUGGAAAAGAUUAAAAAUAAAUGAAAAAUAGUUAUAUAUACGUG